CGGAAGAGCGGCGUUGUCUGCGGAGGGAAACGCCUGUGGGUGCCGACAUGCGAGCGCGACGCCUCGGUUCACUGCGCUUCUUCGGCGGCUUUGUGUGCGGGGCCGCCGCUGCUACCGCUUCGUGCGUCGCCUCCAUGCGGUUCUACUGGCGGCACGUACCGGAUCUGGAGCCCCAUCCAGAUGAGGUACCCCAGAAAGACAUGGGUCGAUACGGCUUCCCUGUGACAGGAGCCGAAAUGCGGUCAUAUGCGAACCAUGUCUUGUCAUACGACCAGGUGAAAAAGACACCAAGAUGGGUAGCAGAGCACCUGUCAAAUGCUAAACUGCAAGGCAGUGCGGAGAGAAAACACUGUAAGUUCAGGCCAGACCCCGGCGUGCCAGAACUCUUCACGGCACACAACGAGGACUACUUAGGGAGCGGCUGGUCCAGGGGUCACAUGGCACCGGCUGGAGACAACAAAUUCUCUGAGCAGGCGAUGGCUGAAACCUUUUACCUUUCAAAUAUAGUGCCCCAGAAUUAUGAGAAUAAUGCUGGUUUCUGGAACAGGCUUGAAAUGUACUGCAGGAACCUAACGGAAAAAUUUGAAGAUGUCUGGGUUAUUUCAGGACCACUGACGCUGCCAGAAGUGGGAGCUGAUGGGAAAAAAACGAUCUCGUACAAGCUAAUCGGUAAACGUGAUGUGGCUGUCCCCACCCACCUCUACAAAGUCGUCCUGGCCCAGAGGUCACUGUCAUCGCCGAAACUGGCUCUGGGGGCAUUUGUCGUCCCAAACCAGCCUAUUGGGUACGACCACCCUCUGACUGAGUUCCAAGUGAGUCUCAUGGACAUGGAGAAGUUGACCGGGCUCAGGUUCUUCCCCAAGGUGGACCCAGUGGGUCUCCAGAACCUAUGCGAGGUGGACUCCUGUAGGCUCCUGGACUUCAAGGAGUUCACGCUGUACAUCACGGGCCACAAGGUGAAGGGCGCCAACACCACGGCGAAGCUGGAGAAGUCCAUGUCUGACAUGAAGAAAUUGGGCAUCACCCCGGACGACUAUCUGCUCAAGCUCUACCAGCAGAAGAGGGAGGAGCUUCAGGCCAAGGAAGCUGCUCAAGGCAGAAAGACAUAAUCUGGAGAGCAUUUGAUCAUCCUAAGUCCACUCGGGUACACAUCUGAAGAUCUUAAUGUUUGAGAAUAGCCAUGUGUGCCUGUUUUGAGGUUUAAAAUCGUUCUGAAGUUUUUGCUUUAGGGUUGGAGGUUGAUUUGUUAUUCUGAUAGUUACACUGCCUGCCAUGGGGUUUGAACCCAUGACCAUCUGGACAUGGGAACUGACCCCUAAUAUGCUGAGUUUGGGGAUUUGAAUGUCUCCUUCGUCUAUUCUGGUUUACUCCCUUUGUCCAGAAGCAUAAGAUUGGGUGAAUGGUGAUACUAAACAUGUCAUAGUCAGUAAUUCUUGUCCUACAGUGAACUGGUGUCCUGGUCAGGCUGUCCAUUGCCUUGAAUCCUUUGGGUUUUGGGAUUGGCUUCUGUCCAUCCAUAUGCUGGAUGGAACGUCUAUGGAAUAAUUAACAUAUUAAUUCUAGAAAUAUCUGCCAUGCCCAUCAUACGGUUAUUUAAACAUCACCUCUUUCCACCACACUUCUAAAUUCCGGUUUUAAUUUUUAAAUUUCUCAACAUCAUGAGGGGAAAUUUAAUAAUGUAGCUGUAUUUUUAAGUGGUUUCUGUGUCUUACACUGAAAAUGCACUUCUGUAAGGAUUUUAAAAAAAUAAAUUACAAACCUGCCCCUAAGUAAACACAUCAGUUUAUUUUCAUGCAUUUUUGCGCUUCAUCAAUCUUUUCCUAAAAAAUAAAAGCCAUUUUUUUCUCUA